AGUGGAAUAGACCGCUGUGUGCGCACUGCUGAUUCUGCUGACACGCUCUGCCUUCUCGUCCCCUACCUGAUGUUUCUGCAGGAGAAAGAGCUGCCUGUGCUUGAGGUCUCAGCAGUCUGGCGUUGUGGAUGGUUUGUCUACCUCUAAUCCAAACCAAAAGAGAUUCUGUUGGCUCAGAGCCUGUGAAUGAGAGCCUAAAGCAAGCCGAGUAAAGGUGCACACACAGAGUUGAUUAAAAUGGGGGCUUUGAUCCCGAUGCUCCUUUCUGGAAUAUGGCAGCUAUUUCUGUGGCCAUGCCGGAUGUGAAAGCCCCACAAUGUGAGUACUCCCCAGCAGGCUCUCCUGCAGGCUGCAGCAUGGAUUUGUCCAUGGACCUGUCCGUCCUCAGCUCCCCACUGUCUGCUUUCCCUCAUCAUGGCGUGCCCCCCUUCCCUGCCCAGGAUGUAGCUCCGGGCCACUGCAACAACAACAAUGGCCUGCUCAGCAACCUGGGGGUCUACUGCUCCACCAGCAGUAUGCAUCCCCUUAAACAGCCUGAUGGCCAGUCUGGCUAUGUGGCGAUGUGCUUCCCACAGGGCUGCGUGAACACCGGCGGCACCCGGCUUUACCGCAGCCUGGAAAACCUGCACUGGGCUGCCAUGUCCGAUCCCAAUGCGUAUCCUUACAGGAGCGUGGACAGUGAGCUUAUACUUCACUGCACUUCAACCAGCCACUGGUACGACGGACCUCCUCAGGGACCGCAGGUUUACGGCUUAAUGCCUUCCCAUGAAGGCAUGGCAAUCUACGGCCGCCAAGGAGUGGUGAGGAAGGAUAUACCGCUCUUCCCACAAUGGCUUUUACCUGCGGUUGAGGACUGGGGCAUGAACGGAAAUGCUCGGAAGGGUCUUCGAGACAAGCUGCGGCUCCAGAGCACACGUGUGACGGAGCCUCACAAGCCCUUACGUCCUCAACCUGUGCUUGGUAAUGCACCUUCUCCGCUGUAUCCGUGCGAUCAGGACGUAGCGGUUCGGCCAUCAUUGCACAGGAAUGUACAGCAAGAGUUGAGUGCCCGUCGCAUCACCAGUCCCGAGGAGAUCAAACAGGAAGCACUCCGACGACUGCAGCUCCGAAGGCAACGAAGCACCCCUAACUUGACACUGAACUCUAGACAGGAGUCUAGUACCAUGAGUAAAGCUCAUACGGCAGAUCCCAUCUGCACUAACUCUGCCCAGUCGACCCCUGAGAGGAAAAGACCCCCGAUAGGCCGCCUGCACAUACCUACAUUUGAGGAGUUUAAAAGAAUGAGACAAAAGGAGGGCAUUAAAAACCACAGGUUCUCUGAAAUGGAGAGUAACGACAAGCAUAGAGAGGAAAGAAUACAGACAGAGGAAACGCAAAGUGCUGAAAGGACUGACAUUGAAGUCAACACAGCUCAGGAUUCGAACCACAGCGGAGCAGAGACGUCUGAGCCCAGUUCCACCGCAGAGGUCCCAGGAGGACCCAUCUGCACAGGCCCAGUUGCUCGCUCUCCAUUACACCCUCAAGCUGCUACAGGAAGAGGCAAGGAGACAAAGGGCCCAGAAGGCCCUGGGGCCACAGAUGUAGCUGUUCUUCCCUUCCCACCCCGCAGGGAGAGUGGCGAUGGCCCAUCCAGCUGCUGCCCGGCAAUCCUUCUGGACGGAUCUGACCUUUCCAGCUAUGGAGCCAAAAUCUACAAAAUGAGGGAUGGCUUCCUGGGAUCCGCCCUGGACCUUAUUAAAAAAAGCUGCAGUGCAGAGAUUGCAGCCGAGUCUCCCAUCCGAUUGUCGCGUGAGCAGAAUGACGUCACUGACAUCACCGCUCCCCAGCCCAGCCAUCAGUCUGCCCACGUUGCCAUGACAACGUCGGCCUGUGGAGAGGAGGCUUGCACCAAGCCCGUGGGACAACGGGGGAAAGCAGCAACAGAAUGCCAGGUUUCUGGGGCGGGCUGCAGACGCUCCAGCUCGGACGCGGCCUAUGAGCUGGCUGAGUCAGUGAGGGCCCAGCGUGAGUGCCGCCUGCGUCCCCACUACAGCGACCCCAUGCCUGCAGACGCCACCAAGCGUAAGCAGCUAGAGAUGAAGAUCGCCGCCGCGGCACGUUUGCACAUUCACCGCAGAGACAGGGACAGUGGUAAGACUCUUUCAGCUGCACUAAGCUUUGCUCACAGUUCUUGCUUGCCAGGCACAGCAAGGGGCCGCUCGGAGCCCAGAGGUGAGGAGAGGAGCAGGGGCCUGGGUGUGAGGCGCUCAGCACAGCACCGCUGGAGUACCAUCAGCAGCCUGAGCGCAGACAGCGGUGUCGUAGGCUUGAGCGAUGAGCGUGAAGAUGAGGAAGAGCCCCGUCGCACCCGCCACAGUGCCGGAGCCGAGGUAGAACGUGUGGACAGUGGCAUCGGCCCUGGACUGGCUCGGGGCUGGAGGAGACCCUCGCCGUCCCUCAGGGCCUGGGACGCUCAGCAGCCCUGUCCCGACUGUGGACACAAAGAGGGGGUCCGCGAGGAAGGCAUGUGUGAACGCUGCUCCAAGCUACGCACAGAGCGCAAAGAGGCCAUCCUAGAGUUUCUCAACACUGAGUCGAGUUAUGGAGAGGACCUGCGCAUCAUCAAGGAAGAGUUUUACUGCCCCAUGCAGAGUGCAGGGCUGCUCACAGCAGAGCAGCUGGCCGUGGUCUUCAGCAACGUUCAAGAGCUCAUUGAUGUCAAUGACAGGUUCACAGAGCACCUGCAGGACAGUAUUGAUCAGGCUUUUGAUCAGGGCGAUGAGGACCUGCAGACUGUGUGCAUUGGAGAAAUCUUCUUGGAGUUUGUCAACAUGCUUCCAGCGUUUCAGACCUACUGCCUGCAGCAGUCCACAUCUGUGAACAUGCUCAACACACUGGAGAAAGAAAAAGAGCUUCUUAGGAUAUUCCUCGACGUGUCCCAGAAUGACAACACAGCACUCAGGCGCAUGAACCUGCGCUCCUUCCUCAUGGCACCGCUUCAGCGUGUGACCAAGUACCCAUUACUGCUAAGUCGCAUCAGCAAGGUCACCAACGAAUGUCACCCAGACUACUCCCGCUUAAAAGAGGCCAAGAGCCGCGUGGAGUCCCAUCUAGAGCACAUCAACAUGAAGACCAAACAGGAGGGGACCGCCACAUGGUCCUUGCGCUCUUUCCGGCGCGACAGUCGCAAGAACCGAGAAGUCAUCAACAUUGAGAUGAGAGAGCUGUCGAUGAAGACGGUGGGCUGGACGCGAGAGAGCACGCGCUUCAUCAUGGAGGGGCCACUCCAAUUGGCGCAGCCCGCCGAUGGCCAGUGGCUUAAGAAGGGAAGCAAAUCCCUCAAAUUCCAGAACGUUCAGAGUUUACUCAUGGUACGCACCCUGCGCAAUGUAGACACGGUGACUGAAGGGAGUCUGGAAACCUCGGAGACGGUGCAGGACGGUGUACUGGUGCUCAUCAAGGACAAGAGCAGCGGGAAGUUCACUGUGUUACGGGAGCCAAUCCAUCUGGCGAACUGCGUGGUGUCCGCCGACGCCGACUGUGAAGACACCUUCGAGGUGUUGGACAUCCGACGCGAGGCCUUCGUUUUCCGUGCCUCCGACAAACCUCGCACUCAGCAGUGGUUUCGUCAGAUCAAGAGAUACGCUUGUGAUUUGGGAUCCUGGAGAAAGAGACGCAACGCUCUCCCAAAUAUCAUGAUUAACACAACCCAGAGCCGGUCCUGAGACUGAGCCCUUAGCAACACAUCCCUCAUCCCUUCCCAGCAUAACUCUGAUGUAAAUAAUAAUUUUAAAAAAAAUCAAUAUUUUGUUGAGCAAACAGUAUUUGUGUGGGGGAACCGUAUCCAAGUAGAUGUUUCUCCACCACUGGACUAUUAAAUUGCAAGGUUUUACUGUGAUUUGACUGAAUAUUAAUAUAGACUGCAAGAGGGCACUUUGUAUGAGUGGAAAGGAAGUAAAUGACAUUUGGGAAGAGGAAAAAUCCACUGUCAAGCAAAAAGUAAUGCCCUUUGGCAUACCAAAAUGAGGGCCUUAUUAGGCGCCUCACUGCUGCACUUGUAAAACACUGAUUGUACGACCAGUUUUCUACUGAGAAGAAAUGUUCUCAGUUGUGAAGAGGUAUUUGUGAUAAGCAUGAGGGAACAUGUUUGUGAUUGGAUGGACUUUAUGUGGACUUUUUAGUAUGCACAAGAGAGUGGAAACCUGUGUUUGUGUGAAGACUGAGGUAAUGCUGAUUUGUUUUCAGAUCAUUGUAAUUCGCUCUUCCCCUCUCUCUCUUCCAUUAGCAUCUUUCCCCACUGCCAUUCAGGAGCAGUUUUCAUUUUUGUAUCACUGUGCUGGUUUACAAAACAGCAAUAAUCUUUAUUGUAUUAUGUAGCAGCAGUCGAGCUGUUUUUAUUCACAGGUACCCAUAUUCUUGUGAUCGGUGAUGUAACAAACAUUUUUUGGUAUGUUUUCUCCACAGUCUAAUGAGGGUGUAGCAUCAAGUAUUAUUAUCAUUGCCACAUUAAUGGUUGUGCUGAAACCAUCUGUGGCUAUACACCAGAUCUUCAAAUAGAAAAAAUGUCAAUUGGAUGUUUCCCCCCAAAAUGAUGUAGCUUAUAAUUACAAUUUUGGUUUUCUUUGUGAUCUCCGAGGGGGAGAAAAUAUGUGCCUUUGUUUCUUUGAUACUGAAUGAGUCCUUAGUACUAUUUUGUUCAAGUUUUUCCGCUCCUUUUACACACGAAUCAGGCCUUAUGUCAAAUUGAGAAACAGAUGUAUAAUUUUUCAGUAGCUGCUAUUAUAUUCUGACUUCCCAUUGAUAUACAGACUGUGCUUUACGACAACUCAUUAAAUGUUUUUGUUUGAUGCACUUUAAUAUGAAGGUCCUAAAACUGGAGCGAGGACGUUGUUCUGCAGUUUACAAAGCUUUAUUGUACUUUGUUUUAAAGAUUGUUUUAGCUUUAAGAGAAAAAGAACCACAGUUGACUUCAGCAAUAGCAAUCAAUCACAGUCAUUCUGGUCUCUCUGUAUGUAUAAACUCAAUACUGAUGGAUAGAAAUUGUCAGUAUCACUGGAUUUAGGUUUCAACAUGAAUAUUUACUGUUUUUACCGAUGGCACUGAUACUGUUAGAAAUAUCAUACUGUAGCUUCCACAUUACACAACGAAAAGAGUUGAACCUGCCAGGACUGAGAGCUGAGACCAGUCAAGCUGAUAAAUACUUUUUUCCGUUCUUAAAAAUCCUAAUUUAAUAUUUUUUUCGGUUGUGUAAAAUAUUGUGAAUUACAAUUAAAAAUGAUGAGUGUCCAUCUCUCUCAACUGACUCCAUAUUUUCUGAGAACAUUAUUCCCAGUGUGAAUCUUUAUUAUAUAACAUUAGUGAACAAGCAAAUGUUUUCCCAGUGAAAAGCGAAAGUCGAAACACCACAUGAACAUUCACAUUUCAAAUGCAAAUACUCAGGAAAGUUAAGAAAUCUCUCUCUGAGAAAUCUGUCUUUGGAGAGAAACAAAGAAUACAAAGCAUUAUUGCAGAGAAUUUCUUUUUAACCAUUUUAAGUAAAAGCCCCCCAAAAACACUGAAAGAGCAGAUCAAACAUGCACCCACAAAGAAGCCACAACAAGAAGAGCAAUGAAAAGAAGUCAAUGCACUAAGAAUCCACAAACAAAAUAGGGAGGAACAUUAAAAGUUGCCAUAAACCUUUACAAAGGAAAACAAAAGCACUGGCAGUUUGUCCUUUGAAAACAUCUGUUUGGAAGGUUUUAGUGUUAUUUUUUCAUGCAACAACAUAAGAGCCAAAACAAAAGGAAAGAAACAUAUGAACCGAAAAGCAGAAGGGAUAAACCAGCGGUCAAAUUUGCACUAAUAAAUCACUUUGAUCUCAAGUACUAAUCCAAAAAUUAACAUUGUAAUUAUUUCCUCAUCCUCAUGUAGUUCCAAACCUGUAUAACUUUCUUCUGUGCAUCACAAAAGAAGAGAUAUUGAAGAUGUUAACAGUGAUUUUUCUCCACAAUUAAAGUCAAUGAGGUUCAAAACAACACUAGAUCUCUGUUGACAUUGUAUGGACAAAAAAUAUUGUGUUCCCAAGAAGAAAGUAAGUCAGACAGGUUUGGAGUGACAUGAGGGUGAGUAAAUAAUAAUUACUGUAUGAACGGUCUUUUUAAUGGAGAAAUACAUGAAAGUAUAAAUAUGUACCAACAGCAAACCAGUGGUUAAGGAAUCCACUAGAUGUUUUAAAGAUUUAAUAUGUAUUACGGCAUGAAACUAAACAUUUUGGCACAGGUUUUCAAAUUUAUCUCCAUGUACACCUUGGCAAGAUACCAUUAACGUGAUUUGAACUGUUACAUUCAACAAAAGUGCUUGCGUACAAAACCCAAUCUAAUAAAUCAAUGAGCAUAGGUGUGUGUAAAAUGUAAUAUUUAUGUAGUUUAACAUCAAGAAAACAUCUUGAUGACUCAACUGGACAUAAAGCCACAAAACAGGCACAGAACUUCGUUUUUUAACAGCAUUUCUAAGUAUCUCUCACCCAAAAAAAAGUUUUUUUCCUUCUUGUUUGACUGCACAAUGAUUCACAAGAGACAUGGCCGAGACAAAAACAUCAACAAUAAUAAAAAAGCAUACAAUCAAA